AUGAGUCCCCUACCUCUGAUCACUCGUGAAGAGACUCAACGUCGCCCAUAUGGUCCUCGGUCGCGAAAUGGAUGCCUGACGUGUAAACGUCGCAAGGUUCGAUGCAACGAACGCAGGCCUCGAUGCUAUCAUUGCCAGCGUCUAAAUCUGGAAUGCGAUUGGAAACCCAUCGAUCCUCGCCAGACCCCCUUGCAGAACGACGCCGAUCCUUUCAAGUCAAACGUCACUUUGGAUGUGAACCAGCUGUCGCCCGGUCCUCACAUGUUUGACUUUCAAUCCAUGGCAGCCCCCACAGAGGGCUUUUCCAUGUUCCAAAAUGUCUAUUUUCCCGACUUUGGUGAUUUUACCACUUUGGGAAACAAUUCCUAUGAGCAGGCACGAUCCAGCGACGCAGGGUCCCCAAAUUCAUCUCAACCCCAACGACAAUCACCACAACAAUCUCCAGUCGCCAAUCCCGAUGUCGAAAAUUCGUUACAUUUACAUCUUCCACCGAUUCUUGAUCCGGUUGAGAAUGGUCCAAGAUGCGCUUCUGCGCGGGAACUGCUUGAAAGCAUGGCGGCUUCUUCCCCGAUGCUCCGCUCUUCGAUUGCGGCCUUUGAAGCCAUACAGUCCGGUAAUGCAGGGGCUAUAGCAAAUUACCAGCAACAUUACGAUAACGCUGCGAUGGAGUUAUCGCAAAAGUUUGAAAAAUCCAAUGGGGAAAUUAUAAUCAGCAGUAAUGAGCUCAGAUACUUCCUUACUGCACGACUGGAUCUAGCCUAUUUGAAUCUCGGGAAGGCGCAUAAUGCCCUGCAAGCAGCAGAGAGGGGUACAUUAGGGUCCACGGAGCUACGAAUAAUCUCCUGGAUUCGGUUGCUGGACGCCCGAGCGGCGUCGGCCGGUGGGGAAGGAGUCCUGGUCAAUGAUACGUCUGGAAUCUAUACUUGCACCUCGCCCCAAAACUCAGCCUCCCCGAGCUCAACCCCGCAAAGCAUGAGCUCAGCCACGAACCCCGGAGCAUCCGAGGUGAUUUAUGAUCUGCUUUGUCAGCCGGGGAUAGCUUUCUUCAUGGAAGUUCAGACCAUCACCGGCCGCAUCACCAGAAUUGCUCAUAAUCACCGCAGCCGAGGGAGCGUGGAGGACGAGACUGAAGUGAUGGCUAUUGCCGCGGAGAUCCUUUCGGAUCUUUCAUCCUUGUAUGACCGAAGACCACCACUCACAGACCAUGCCGUGGCUGGAAGUAUUGGCAGUGAUACGCUGGCCGAGCCACUCGCGUCCACCAUUGUUCGUUCAUUCCAGACGUACAUGGCUAACUUUUACGCUUGCUACAUUCAUCUACAUCGAGUCGCACACCGUCAUCUGGUUCGUUCCAAGGCAGCGGUGACAGCGCUGUCCAAAAUCAAGGAAAUAGUACAUUGCAUGGUCAACAAUAAUGAAUCUAUUCCGGUCAACAUGUUGUGGCCAUUAUUUCUAUGGGGCACUGAGGAAGACGAUCAUGAUGAAUUCCAAUGGAUUCUUCAUACCAUCCGUGGUCUUCAACAUGUCUUCACCAAUGCGAACAUGACCGCUGACGUACUACAAGAGACCCAAAGGAGGCAGCGUGAGGGAGGCAAGCGUGUCGACAUUCGUUCUGUUUGUCUUGAGUUAUUCUAUACCACAUUCGCUAUUGUUUGA